ACAGAGGAGAGACCAUAGGUUAGAGAGUCUGUUAAUAAUUCAACAAUUAAAGAAGAAGAAUUUUUUAUUGUAGUAAUGAUUUAAAAAAUUUAAAUUUUUACGUUUAAGAUUUUUUUCAAGUUAAAAGCAUAUAUGUAAGGCCCGCAGAAUGCCAACCAUUAGUAUUAAACGUGAUGCCUUAUUUGAAGCCCUUGGAAGAACGUACGCUGACGAUGAAUUUCAGAAAAUAUGUUUCGAAUUCGGUUUAGAAUUGGAUGAAGUUACAACCGAAAAACAAAUGAUUACUAAAGAACAAGGGGAUAAUGUAAAACUAGCAGCAGAUGCUUCAGAAGAAAUUAUUUAUCGAAUUGAUGUUCCUGCCAAUAGAUAUGAUUUACUUUGCUUGGAAGGCCUUGUUCAAGGACUUCUAAUCUUUCAGAAUAAAAAACCUGUACCUAAAUACGAAGCUAUCAAGCCUGCCAGUGGGAAACUGCAAGAAUUGAUAGUUAAAUCUGACACAAAAUUAGUAAGACCUUAUGCAGUUGCUGCAAUAUUAAGGAACAUCAAGUUUACAAAGGCUAUCUAUGACAGUUUUAUAGAUUUACAAGAUAAGUUGCAUCAAAAUAUUUGUAGAAAAAGGUCAUUAGUGGCCAUUGGAACUCAUGAUUUAGAUACUGUCGAAGGGCCAUUCUUUUUUGAUGCAAAACCCCCUAAAGACAUUAAAUUUAUUCCAUUAAAUCAGGACAAGGAAUUUGAUGGAGAAGGAAUAAUGCAGUUAUAUGCUAAUCAUGCGCAAUUGAAACAGUAUUUACCUAUAAUAAAAAACUUUCCUGUUUAUCCAGUUAUUUAUGAUAGUAAUGGAAUUGUUCUUUCAUUGCCCCCUAUUAUUAAUGGAAAUCAUUCAAAGAUAACUUUACAUACAAGGAAUAUUUUUAUAGAGUGCACUGCAACAGAUUUGACAAAGGCAAAAAUUGUAUUAGACACAUUGGUUUGCAUGUUCAGUAUAUAUUGUGAAAGUCCUUUUACUGUUGAAUAUUGUCAAGUUAAAUAUCCAGAUGGAAAGUUGUACCUUUAUCCUGAACUUCGCUAUAGAGAGGAAACUGUUAGAGUCUCUAAAAUUAAUAAUUUGAUUGGUACAACAGUUAAUGCAGAUGAUGCCGCAGCUUUGUUAUCAAAAAUGUGUUUAGAGUCAAAAGUGGUUAAAAAUGGAAAAGAAUUAAAAGUCACUGUUCCCCCUUUAAGACAUGAUGUUAUUCAUGCCUGUGAUAUUUAUGAAGAUGUUGCCAUUGCUUAUGGUUAUAAUAAAAUUGAACGUAAAGUGCCCCCCACUAUGACUAUUGCUCAGCAAUUUCCUCUCAACAAAGUAUCUGAUUUAUUGAGGGAACCCAUAGCUCAGGCAGGAUUUACUGAAGCUUUAACUUUCUCAUUGUGUUCACGAGAUGAUGUUUCGACGAAGCUGGGAAGAAAAAUUGAAGAAAUUCCAGCCGUUCAUGUUUCAAACCCUAAAACAUUAGAAUUUCAGGUAUGUCGAACAUCUCUACUACCUGGGUUGUUGAAAACUUUAGCAGCAAAUAAGAAGCUACGACUUCCAAUUAAAAUUUUUGAAAUUUCAGAUGUGGUUUUGAAAGAUGUAAAAGCAGAAGUAGGCGCUAGAAACGAACGAAGGAUUUGCGCUGUAAAUUGCAAUAAAACGGCAGGUUUUGAAAUAGUUCAUGGUCUUCUUGACAGAAUUAUGCUUCUUUUGGGAGUAGAAUGGAAUCCUCAUAAGACUAACACCGGAUAUUACCUUCGAGAAAGUAAUGAUCCAGCAUAUUUUCCACGUCGAUGUGCUGAAGUGGUAUACAAUGGAAGCGUUAUUGGCAAGAUAGGAGUGCUACACCCUGAGGUUCUCAACAGAUUUGAACUAACUAAUCCGGUGUCUGUUGUAGAAAUAAAUAUUGAACCUUUUGUGUAAUACACUAAUUAUGUAUUAAUGGAACGUUCAUGUCAUUUGAUUAUAAUUCACUAAAAUA